AAAAAUAAUAACCAAGAAAGGGAGUUGAUAAAAUCAUCAUGCCCAAAAAGAAGAAACCAUCCCACCUGAAUCGUCCUGAAAAAGCCCGUCAAGCUUCUAAAGGGAAGAGCAAAGAUUUUUUGGACUGGGAGGAGAACAGCAAUUACUCUGCCUCAUCUAUAGAGUCGAAACUUUUGUUUUACAAAAAAGAUGACUUUGCGCAGGUGCAAAUUGCAAAACCAAAAAGCAUUCGAAUUCCCGAUAAGAAACCCGAUAUAUGCGUUUUUCCUGAAAGUAAUGUUCUUGGAAAAGUGAAGGACUUUUUGGGAGUCAUAUCAGAAGCAAAUCAAAGGCUACAAUUUGAUGCAAAGAACAACGCUGAAAAAUAUGAUAUUGAAGUGCUUCAUGGUAAUGAAUCAGAAUACAUUGAAAUGGAUUUGAUGUUGGGAGUUGCUGAUCUUCAUACCCCUGAGGCUCUUGCUGCUGCUGAGUCUGCUAUGGCUGGUUCCCAGCCAACCAUCUCCUUGGCUGCUAGUGUUAGUAGUGAUGAUGAUGACCACCAUGAAAGUAAAAAUAAUGAGGAAGUUGCUAGUGAUGGCAGUGAUGAUGAGGAAAGGAUGUUUAAGGCUACUGGUGAAAAUUCCUGUAGUGAUCCGUGGAGGAUGCAACCAUCCAAUAAGCGACCAAAAAUUGUUGAGCUCUCAUAAAUUUCUGUGAUGCAUAGAUACGUAGGUCAUUGCCCUGGGGAGCUCUUGUAGUUAAUGCCAAACAUUAAGCUAGAGCAUUGAUUCACACUUCUCUAGCAAGAAGAAUGGUUCAAAGGCAAUAGCACAUUAUGUUGUCUGCUUAAUACUGUAUUAUGUAGAUGUUCAGUGGAAUAUCAUGUUGUCAUAGAUAGUUCCUUGAUGCUAAAAUCUUUUUCUGGAAAUACAUCUCUGUGUUUCUUUUUACAGUAUUUUUUGUAUCAUGCCUUUCGACGGUCAUGGUUGUCGAUGUUAUUUUUCUUCAUCCAAACAUGAGAUUUUGCUUCUUUCCCAA